AUGUUGUUAAGCGUAUAUUUAAAGAGACGCUCAUUCAACAUGGUAUAUUUCUAUUUCUGUAAAAUGGAAGCAGAUAUGAACAAGGAACGAGGUACGGGUUUGAUCUACAAGAUCUUUUGGAACAGGAACGUUGUUAUUGCCGAUGAUGAUGAUGAGGAUGUCGAGAACAAAAAUAAAUUACCGCAUACUCGGGAAACUUCUCUACAAAAUGAGGAAGUCAAAGAUGCUGAAGAACAUCAACCAAUUGAUGAACAAAUCAUUCCUCUAAAAGCCAUAUUGGGAAUGAAGCCAUAUUUACUCAAAAGCCUAAAAAAUGGGGCGUAA